AUGAUCACCGCUGCGACGAGAAGCCGAUCUCGCGACAACGCCACAACCCCCAGCGCCCAGCCAGCUUCGUGCGAUGCCUGGCCAGCCUCUGGCGACCUCCGCAACAACCCCGCUAGCCCAACGCUGACGAUCCCAGCCCCGUCCAAUCAAGACGACUUCGACAUGCUGCUCCUAUUAUGGCAGACGAGAGUAAAAGAUUUAUUGGCGCAGCAAGGAAUUCAGAAAGGGCUGCGCGCAGAAAAGCCUAAGGGGAUGGAAGACGAUGAUUGGCAAGAUCUGCAGGAACGGGCGGCCGGGAUGAUUCGGUUGUGCCUUGCAGAUGAAGUUAUGUAUCACAUUAUGCAUCUCAAAUUGGCGGAUGAGAUUUGGAAGAAACUGGAAUCGCAGUUCAUGUCGAAAACCCUAACGACAAAACUAUAUCUGAAGCAAAGGUUAUACGGGCUGAAGAUGCAGGAGGGGACCGAUUUAGGGCAACAUGUGAAUAUCUUCAAUCAGGUUGUCACGGAUUUGGCUUCACUCGAAGUCAAGAUUGAAGAUGAAGACAAGGCGAUGAUCUUACUGUGUUCGUUACCUCCUUCUUACGAACAUAUGGUGACUACCCUUUCAUAUGGGAAAGAAACAAUCAAGACUGAGGAGAUUACUUCAGCGUUGUUGGCUCACAACCAGCAGAAACAGAAAUCUGGAGAGUCAUCUUCUCAAAGUGACAGCUUAUAUGUGAAGGGUAACCAGGAUCGUGGAAGAAGACAGGGGCGAGAUAAUUCAGGAAAUUGGAAUUUCAGAUCCAAGUCGCGAGAAAAAUCGCAAGGGAGGAAAACUGUGACGUGUUAUAAGUGCAAGGAACAAGGUGAUGGAGAUAUGUUAUCUAUUUCGACUGCGCAGUAUGAUGAUGCUUGGAUUCUCGAUUGUGGAUGUUCAUAUCAUAUAAUGCCUACCAAAGAGUGGUUUGCUAUUUAUGAACCAGCAGUUCUUGAUAAGGGAGAGAGUUCGAGUUCUGCACCUGAUGAUGUUGAUCAUGAUGUUUUUGGCCCAACUGAUGUGCCAGAGAGCUACAAGUUAGCUCGGGAUAGAGUGAGGCGUACCAAUAUACAAGCUCCGGUCAGGUUUGGUUAUGAGGAUAUGGUCGCAUUUGCUCUUACGCUCACUAGCGUGGAUCCAUGUACUUUCCAGGAGGCUGUUUCUUGUGAGAAUAAUGAUAGACGGAAGGCUGCCAUGGAAGAAGAGAUGAAUUCUGUACACAAGAAUCAGACAUGGGAGUUGGAUGUUCUUCCCGAAGGGAAGAGAGCUAUUGGUUCAAAAGAGGAUUGA